AUGCACAUACAUAUUUUGGGCAUUUGUGGCACCUUCAUGGGCUCGAUCGCUCUCUUGGCAAAAGAAUUGGGAUAUAAAGUAACUGGAUCCGACCAUGCAGCUCAUCCACCUAUUUCAACAAUGCUCGAAAAGCACGGGAUUCAUAUCAUGAAGUUCAUCGAUGCUAAAGUUCAAGAAGUCUAUGCGGUGAUCCAAGCAGCCUAUCAACGACGAGGCGCUCCACCGAAAUGCGGUCAUUGCACACAUUCGUUCAAAUGUCGAACGAGAAAUGCCACAAAAGAGGAUGAUGAUGAUGAUGAUGAGAUGGAUAUGGGAAUGGAUUUCGAUUUUGGAAUGAAUGAUGAUGAGGAAGAUGAUGAGGAAGAUGAUGAGAGUUCGAUGGAAGAUCUGGGAGGACAAGGAGGACAAGGAGGACAAGGAGGACAGGGAGGACAAGGAGGACAAGGAGGACAAGGAGGACAAGGGAGACGCCCAAGACCUAGACCCCGCCCACGUCCACGUCCACGACCUGGGAAACAGUGCAAAAAGAAAGAAAUUCGCCCAAUUGACGCCGAUUGUGAUGACGCGAAAGCCUGCAAAGUCUCCUCAGUCUUCGGUGGAUGUCCGGCUCCAUUGUUCUUGCAUAAAGAUCGAAUGAAGAAAAUCAAUGAAAUGAUGAUGAGUGGAGAUCAUCAAGGAGCUCUUGAUGCAAUGGAUUUUAUGCAAGACGAUGAUGAUGAGAAUAUGGAUGACUCGAUGAGAAAGAAACGACAAUCCGGUUUCUACGAUCCAUCCACUUUCUAUGCCAAUUCGGGAAGGAAACACAUGUUUUUAGCC